UAUUGCAAAACAUACACAAACAUGGCGUUUAUUCGUAAAAUUUCCCGAAGUUUGAGUCCUUUUUCACGGCAACAUAAUGCAUUACCUUUUAUCAGCAGCACUGUUUUGUAUCAUCAAAAGGUCAUUGAUCAUUAUGAAAACCCUCGAAAUGUUGGCUCCUUGGACAAAAAUGACAAGCAUGUCGGAACUGGUCUGGUUGGUGCUCCAGCCUGUGGAGAUGUCAUGAAAUUGCAGAUUCAGGUUGAUGAGAAAGGAAAAAUUAUUGAUGCAAAAUUUAAAACUUUUGGCUGUGGAUCUGCUAUUGCUUCCAGUUCUCUUGCUACUGAAUGGGUGAAAGGAAAAUCUGUGGAUGAAGCUUUGAAGAUCAAGAAUUCAGACAUUGCAAAAGAGCUCUGUUUACCUCCAGUGAAACUGCAUUGUUCAAUGCUUGCUGAAGAUGCCAUCAAAGCUGCUCUGAAAGACUACAAAAUCAAGCAAGAGUCGAAAUAAUUUUGCAACCCAGUCAAAGUAGCGGCGUUUGCUAAACUUAGAAAACAUGAUUUUGUAAAUUUUGUAUUAUAGUGAUUUUUUGUUAUUAAAGCAUUUAUGUUGCAAAAA